CACUGUGCGCUAAUUUAUCGGCAGCGGCUAAAAUAUAUCUCCUUAAAAACCCCAAUUAAUACGAAAUAAAGUAAAAAAAACGGAUCUUUAUCCGCAUGAGACCGUUCAGCGCCGGUGCCAACACAUGAGAUCUUUGCGGUUGUUCAGUGGUAUAGAGCGUACAGCGCCCUAGGGCCACCGAAAAUAUAACCUCUAAACUCCGGCCCAGUAGGCAGAUGCACCUGCUCCACCUUUUACCCUUUCCAAAUGCAAGUGAAAAUCACCUUUAAGUAGUGCAAAUACCCUGCCCAGCCAUGUCGACGACGUCGGUGGUGCAGCAGUUCGUCAACGGGCUGAAGUCCCGCAACCGGAAUGUUCAGAACAAGGCCACGCAGGAUCUGCUUUUCUAUGUGAAGACCGAGCUGCGCGAGAUGUCCCAGGAGGAGCUGGCGCAGUUCUUCGAUGAGUUUGACCACCACAUAUUCACCAUGGUGAAUGCGGCGGACAUCAACGAGAAGAAGGGCGGCGCCCUGGCUAUGAAGUGCCUGAUAAACUGCGAGGGCAGUCUGACGGCCAGGAAAGGUAUCUCGCCCUACUUGAAUCGACUACGAGAUCUGCUCCUGAUCAACGAUGUUUCCGUCAUGGAAAUUGCCGCUCGCUCUUUGGUUAAGCUGGCCAACAUGCCCACCUCCAAGGGAGCGGAUUCAUUUGACUUCGAUAUCAAGAAAGCCUUCGAAGUGCUUAGAGGCGAGAGGCAAGAGUAUCGCCGGCAUGCAGCCGUGUUUAUUCUCCGUGAGCUGGCCAUCGCCUUGCCUACUUACUUCUAUCAACACAUCCUAACAUUCUUUGAGGUCAUCUUUAACGCCAUUUUCGACCCAAAAUCUGCCAUUCGGGAAUCCGCGGGAGAGGCUUUGAGGGCGGCUUUAAUUGUCACCGCCCAGCGAGAGAGCACAAAACAGUCUAGUGAACCACAAUGGUACAGGAUCUGCUAUGACGAGGCCAGUACUAGCUUCAGUGCGGACCUGGCCUCUGGAAAGGAACAAAAGGGCGUGACCCGAGAUGAUCGCAUUCACGGCGGCCUUAUCGUAUUCAAUGAGCUCUUCCGCAGUGCAAAUGCCACUUGGGAGCGACGUUACACAUCGCUGAAGACUUUAUUUCCAAAGACCCAGCACAACAAAUUCCUGGAGGCCAGCACUUCGUCGGGAAUGGGGUCCCAGCUAAAUACACUUGUGCCUCGGUUAAAGGUGCCCUUCAUCGACAAGCUCGGUAGCACACAGACACAUUUGGGCGAGGGGGAGCAUUACAACGGCGUAGCCAAGUUCGCGAGCCACAACGUAUUGGAGUCGGCUUACGCUCACGAGAUCCUUCAGGAGCAUUACACCACCAUUUGCGACAAUGUCUUGGAGCAGCGAUCCUCAAAGUCACCUUAUGUACAGCAGGCACUGCUGCAAAUCCUGCCGCGACUUGCUGCUUUCAACCGCGAAGUAUUUGUGGAAAAGUACCUGCAAACCUGCGUGUCGCAUUUGAUGCUGAUCCUGCGGGGCAAGGAGAAGGAUCGCACUGUGGCCUAUAUAACAAUUGGUUACAUGGCUGUGGCCGUUCAAAGCGCGAUAGAGAUUCAUCUAUCCGGGAUCAUGGCCAGCGUUAAGGUCGCUCUCCCAGCCAAGGACUUGACUAGCAAACGGAAGGUGCCAGUGGAUCCUGCUGUAUUCGCUUGCAUAACGCUGCUUGCGCAUGCUGUUAAGUCGGAAAUAGCAGAAGACGUUAAGGAUAUCCUUGAACAGAUGUUCUACACAGGUCUGUCGCCAGCCUUGACCGUUUGCCUGAGAGAACUUUCUGAGAAUGUACCCCAACUGAAGUCCGCCAUCACAGAAGGAUUGAUCGGUAUCCUAUCCCAAGUGCUAAUGAACAAGGCAGCUGCUGUUCCAUAUAAUACCCUACCUCCGAUCGCCAUUGAUGCUUCGUUGAUGCAGAAUGCUGAUGGAGCCACCACCGUGCUGGCUCUUAAGACACUGGGCACCUUUAACUUUGAGGAGCAGAACAUGCUCGACUUCGUGCAACGUUGUGCCGACUACUUCAUCGUACACGAACAGCAAGAGAUACGGCUGGAGGCGGUGCAAACAUGCACGCGACUUCUAAAACUGGCAGUGCAAUCCUCUGAAAGUAUGGAAAACUCCAAGACUCUCAGCGACACUGUAUCCCAUGUAAUUGAACGCUUACUGAUGGUUGCCAUUACUGACAUGGACUGCAAUGUGCGGAUACGUAUCCUUCGCUCGCUGGACGAGACUUUUGAUGCAAAACUCGCUCAGCCAGAGUCUCUUAACUCCCUAUUUAUAACCCUGCACGAUGAGAUCUUCGAGAUCCGGGAACUAGCAAUGGUCACAAUUGGAAGAUUAUCCUCCAUGAACCCGGCUUAUGUAAUGCCCAAGUUGAGAACCACCAUGAUCGAGUUGAUCACAGAUCUAAAGUACUCGGGAAUGAGUAGGAACAAAGAGCAAAGCGCUAAGAUGCUAGACCAUUUAGUAAUAAGCACGCCCAGGCUGAUUUCCUCCUACAUGAAUCCGAUUCUAAAAGCAUUAGUGCCGAAGUUACAUGAACCGGAAUCGAAUCCUGGCGUAAUUCUAAAUGUGCUUCGGACCAUUGGUGAUCUGGCAGAGGUGAAUGGAGGCUCUGAUGAAAUGGAACUGUGGGCAGACGACCUUCUCUCCAUAUUGCUUGAGAUGCUUGGGGAUGCUGGCAGUCCAGAUAAGCGAGGAGUGGCUCUUUGGACCUUGGGACAAUUAAUUAGUGCGACGGGCAGAGUUGUAAGCCCAUAUCACAAGUACCCAGUGCUAAUAGACAUCCUCAUCAACUUUUUAAAAACUGAACAGCGUCGCUCCAUUCGAAGGGAAACGAUCCGUGUGCUGGGCCUAUUGGGAGCAAUGGAUCCAUACAAGCACAAGAUGAACAAGGGCUUAAUUGACAGCCAAAAGGAUAAUGUUCUGAUAGCAUACUCGGAUGGCAAAGUCGAUGAAAGUCAGGACAUCUCUACUGCAGAACUGCUGGUUAAUAUGGGUAAUGCGUUGGAUGAAUAUUAUCCAGCAGUGGCCAUAGCUGCCUUGAUGCGGAUCUUGCGUGAUCCCACACUGAGCACUAGGCAUACCAGCGUGGUGCAAGCGGUGACCUUCAUCUUUCAAAGCUUGGGCAUUAAAUGUGUGCCGUAUUUGGCCCAAGUGCUUCCAAAUUUGCUGGAUAACGUACGGACCGCGGAUAACAAUCUAAGGGAGUUUUUGUUCCAACAGCUCGCCAUUCUAGUGGCUUUUGUAAAACUACAUAUUAUCAGCUACAUGGGCGAUAUUUUCAAGUUGAUCAAGGAGUUUUGGACUAUUAAUACACCCCUGCAAAACACUUUAAUCAAUCUGAUUGAACAGAUUGCCGUAGCUUUAGGAUGCGAAUUCAGGGAUUAUCUUGCAGAGCUCAUCCCACAGAUCCUACGAGUGCUACAACACGAUAACUCCAAGGAUAGAAUGGUCACCAGAAGGCUGCUACAAGCUCUGCAAAAAUUUGGCAGUACUUUGGGGUAUUACCUGCCACUGAUUGUUCCUCCCAUCGUAAAGCUGUUUGACUCUCCCUACGUGCCGACGCAGGUGUCAAUGGUGGCCCUGGAAACGAUCAACAACCUGGCAUGUCAGUUGGACUUUACAGACUUCUCUUCGCGCAUCAUCCAUCCGCUGGUUCGAGUGCUGGACGCUGAACCGGAGCUGCGUGACCAAGCGAUGAUCACGCUUCGCUCGCUGGCAAAACAACUUGGCAAGAAAUACCUGGUAUUCGUACCAAUGGUGCAGCGCACCCUCAACAAGCACCGCAUUGCGGAUCCCGAAUACGAGAAACUACUCAGCCGUAUUCAGUCCAACAGCACUUUGGCAGAUUCUUGUGGAGCGGGAGAGUUAGGACUUCGCUCGGCCAAGAUAAAGAACAAUGAGCCAUUCGUAACGGACAGGAAUAGCAAUAACAAAAAUUUGCAGGUUACCACAAACGAGCUGCGAACGGCGUGGCAGGUGACCCGUCGCGUCUCCAAAGACGACUGGGUGGAGUGGCUGAAACGCUUGUCGAUUGGACUUUUAAAGGAAUCGCCGUCGCACGCGUUAAGAGCCUGCCGAUCCUUGGCUCAGGAAUAUGAUACGCUACUGAGAGAUCUGUUUAACGCCGCAUUUAUCUCCUGUUGGACAGAGCUCUCGCCAGACCUUAAAUCUGAGUUAACACAGUCACUUAUACAAGCCCUGCAAGUUACCGACAUGCCGGAAAUCACGCAAACGAUUCUCAACCUAGCCGAGUUCAUGGAACAUUGCGACCGCGAUCCAAUACCAAUUGAGACUAAAUUGUUAGGAACUCGCGCAAUGGCGUGUAGGGCGUACGCCAAAGCUUUGCGAUACAAGGAAGAGGAGUUUCUCUUGCGGAAGGAUCCUCAAGUGUUUGAGUCCUUAAUUCUGAUUAACAACAAGCUUCAACAAAGGGAAGCGGCAGAAGGUCUGCUUACAACCUAUCGAAAUGCAGCUGAUGAGCUUAAUGUUCAGGGAAGAUGGUACGAAAAGCUCCAUAACUGGGAUCAGGCGUUGGAGCAUUACAAGCGGAAUCUACUUACGGAUUCCUCGGACUUGGAAGCACGCCUUGGCCACAUGCGUUGUCUGGAGGCGCUUGGAGAUUGGUCGGAGCUGAGCAAUGUGACUAAGCACGAGUGGGAAAAUUUCGGUACUGAGGCCAAGUCAAGAGCUGGACCUUUGGCUGCAGUGGCUGCCUGGGGUCUACAAGAUUGGGAGGCGAUGCGAGAGUACGUGAGGUGCAUUCCGGAAGACACGCAGGAUGGAAGCUAUUAUCGAGCCGUUUUGGCGGUGUAUCAUGAUGACUUUGAGACAGCUCAGCGUCUUAUUGACGAAACGAGGGAUCUUCUGGACACUGAGCUCACCUCCAUGGCGGGAGAGUCUUAUGAAAGAGCCUACGGAGCCAUGGUUUGUGUUCAAAUGCUGGCGGAGCUGGAAGAGGUAAUCCAAUACAAGCUGAUUCCGGAGAGAAGAGAGCCCUUAAAAACUAUGUGGUGGAAGCGUCUUCAAGGUGGACAACGCCUGGUGGAAGACUGGCGAAGGAUCAUUCAGGUGCACUCGUUGGUGGUAAAACCCCACGACGACAUACACACCUGGCUGAAGUAUGCAAGCUUGUGUAGAAAAAGCGGUUCUCUGCAUUUGUCCCAUAAAACUCUUGUUAUGCUACUGGGCACCGAUCCCAAGCUAAAUCCACUCCAGCCGCUUCCGUGCAAUCAACCCCAAGUGACCUAUGCCUACACCAAAUACAUGGCAGCCAAUAAUCAACUGCAAGAAGCUUACGACCAAUUGAGGCACUUUGUGAACACCUACAGUCAGGAGCUUAGUUGUCUGCCCCCGGAGGCAUUGAAGCAACAGGAUCAACGACUGAUGGCGCGCUGCUACCUACGCCUGGCCACAUGGCAAAACAAGCUGCAGGAUAAAAUAUCGGAAGCAAUUCCAGGCGCCCUCGAGUGCUUUGAGAAGGCCACCAGCUACGACCCUAACUGGUACAAGGCUUGGCAUCUGUGGGCGUACAUGAACUUUAAGGUAGUGCAAUCACAAAAAUCAGCACUAGACAAACAACAACCUCAGGGUGGCAACAUGGGAAUGUCAAUGAGCUCAGGGCUUGACAGUGAUCUGCUGAUAAUCCAACAAUAUGCGGUUCCAGCAGUUCAGGGCUUCUUCCGUUCAAUCAGCCUUAUCAAGGGUAACUCACUGCAGGAUACACUUCGUCUAUUGACCCUUUGGUUUGACUAUGGCAACCAUGCAGAGGUGUACGAGGCUCUGCUUUCUGGAAUGAAGUUGAUAGAGAUCAACACUUGGUUGCAGGUAAUCCCACAGCUAAUUGCCCGCAUAGACACCCAUCGCCAACUGGUGGGACAACUGAUCCAUCAGCUUCUUAUGGACAUAGGAAAGAAUCACCCGCAAGCACUAGUCUAUCCUUUAACAGUGGCUUCCAAGUCAGCGUCGUUGGCACGCAGGAAUGCUGCUUUCAAAAUCCUGGACUCAAUGAGAAAACACUCGCCCACAUUGGUGGAACAGGCAGUUAUGUGCAGUGAAGAGCUCAUCCGAGUGGCGAUCCUCUGGCACGAACAGUGGCACGAGGGUUUGGAGGAGGCCUCUCGGCUUUACUUCGGAGAUCGUAAUGUGAAAGGCAUGUUUGAAAUAUUGGAGCCAUUACAUGCUAUGUUAGAGAGAGGCCCGCAAACGCUAAAGGAGACGUCCUUCUCGCAGGCCUAUGGACGCGAGCUUACAGAGGCUUAUGAAUGGUCUCAGCGUUACAAAACAUCAGCUGUGGUUAUGGAUCUGGAUCGAGCCUGGGACAUUUACUAUCACGUUUUCCAAAAGAUCUCUCGUCAGCUUCCACAACUUACAUCAUUGGAGCUACCGUACGUGUCGCCCAAACUUAUGACCUGCAAGGACCUCGAACUGGCUGUUCCCGGUUCCUACAAUCCAGGCCAGGAACUGAUCCGGAUUAGUAUCAUUAAAACAAACCUGCAGGUCAUUACAUCCAAGCAGCGGCCGCGAAAACUGUGCAUUCGUGGAUCAAACGGCAAGGACUACAUGUACCUGCUCAAAGGCCACGAGGAUCUCCGUCAGGAUGAGCGUGUGAUGCAGCUAUUCUCGCUGGUAAACACGCUUCUACUAGACGACCCAGACACGUUCCGUCGGAAUUUGGCUAUCCAGCGUUAUGCGGUAAUUCCGCUGAGUACCAACUCGGGUUUAAUUGGAUGGGUGCCUCACUGCGACACACUACAUACGCUUAUCCGCGACUAUCGUGACAAGAAGAAGGUGCCACUUAACCAGGAGCAUCGCACAAUGCUAAAUUUCGCACCAGACUACGAUCAUCUCACGCUGAUGCAAAAAGUUGAGGUGUUCGAGCAUGCGUUGGGUCAAACUCAAGGCGACGACCUAGCCAAGCUGCUGUGGCUCAAGUCCCCAUCCUCGGAACUGUGGUUUGAACGGAGAAAUAACUACACCCGAUCGCUAGCGGUCAUGUCUAUGGUGGGUUACAUUCUGGGUCUUGGUGAUCGUCAUCCAUCGAACCUUAUGCUCGACCGAAUGAGCGGCAAGAUACUGCACAUCGACUUUGGCGACUGCUUUGAGGUAGCCAUGACGCGCGAAAAGUUUCCGGAGAAGAUUCCCUUCCGUCUCACACGGAUGCUAAUCAAAGCGAUGGAAGUCACUGGCAUCGAGGGCACUUACAGAAGGACAUGUGAAAGCGUGAUGCUUGUGCUACGCCGGAACAAAGACUCCCUAAUGGCCGUGUUAGAGGCCUUCGUUUACGAUCCCCUGCUUAACUGGCGCCUCUUGGAUGUAGACAAGAAGGGUAACGAUGCGGUGGCUGGAGCGGAAGUUCCGAGCGGAAGAGGGGGUUCAGGGAUGCAGGACAGCCUUAGUAACUCCGUGGAGGACUCCCUGCCCAUGGCUAAGUCCAAACCCUACGAUCCAACGUUGCAGCAAGGUGGCCUGCACAACAAUGUAGCCGACGAAACGAACAGCAAGGCCAGUCAGGUGAUUAAGAGGGUCAAGUGCAAGCUUACCGGCACCGACUUCCAGACGCAACAGAGCGUCAACGAGCAGCAUCAAGUGGAGCUGCUCAUUCAGCAGGCAACCAACAACGAGAACCUCUGCCAGUGUUACAUUGGCUGGUGUCCGUUCUGGUAGGUCAACAGAUCUGGUAGAGAUCCCAAUCGACAACCGGCAACUGACUGAGCGAGAUUACGAAAACUACUACCACCAACUGAAUUGUGGGCAACCAUCUCCGAGGAAGAUUCGGAGGUGAUUGUAAAUUAGGCUUUAAGUAUAAAAUAUUUUUAUAAUUUAUGUUAGAAAUACGCUUUAUCUUUUAUUUGUAAAUCCGAUUGGAAACGUAUUCCAAUUUUGUAAAAAUCAUAAAACCUAUGAAACAAUUAA